ACAUAGGAGGCAGCACAGCGCGCCGUCGGCGCACGCGGCCACCGGAGGUUGACGAGGAAACACGAAGGAACGCGAAGGUGGCCGAACGGGGCCGGCCGGCGGCGAGGUUGGCGGCGAGGUUGCCGGCGAGGCUACGGGCGAGAGCUCGGAGGGGAACGGCGUCGGGACCACGUGACCGUGCCAGCCAAUCGGGUGCGUUCAAAACCGGCGUCCGGCACAUGGCGACGCGCCGGCUUCGGCAUCCGCAGUCGCAGUACGUCGCAGUCAGUCGCAGUGCUAACACGAGCGAGAGGGUAGUUGCACGCGCUUGCCUUCGAGAGGAAAGACCGCGGAGCGAGAUCGAGAGCGAGAGAGCGAGAGAAAGAAAGAAAGAAAGAGAGAGAGAAGAGUACGAGAGUGCUGCUUUGGUGGGCCGAUAGCAGUAGGAAGGAGAAAGAAGCACGGCCGGCUUCGUCGGAAAGAGGGAGAAAGAAGAAAGGCGUGCGUGUAGACGGAGGGAGAGAGACAGAGAGCGCGUCUCUCGGUCUUGUUUGUCAGUAGUGUGCUUCAGUCGCGCGACGACGCUCUCGUACGAUUCGAGUCAGCUUCUACGUUUCGCGGUCGUUAAAAGGAGGAGGAAAGAGAUAGAGGAACGCACGCUUUGCUAGAAACGCGCCGAUAAUCAUCGUCAUACGACAUACGAACGAUUUCGAUGCGACGAGGAGAAAGACGUUACGCGAACACGUAAAGAAGAAAAAGGAUAAACGAACGAACGAAUAUCGAAGGCGCGUUGCGCACACGACGACGACGAGGACGACGAGGACGACCGGUAGUUGCAGCCGAGAACGCGAACGAACAUUUUUCCCUAUCUUUUGGAACGGUCGCACGGUGAAUCGUUCGAGUAUCACGAGCCAUUCCUACUCGCCCGUGCUGCUGUUUUUAGUGCGUUGAUCGGAGUAAAAAGUAACUUCUCGUUACGAACGAACGAGAAACGAACGGGGGGAGAGAGAGAGAGAGAGGGAGAGAAAGAAAGAUAGAUAGAGGGAGAGUCGGACGGAGCGCGGUGAUAGCGAACGGAAGAGAAGAGCGGAGAAAGGCAAGGAAAAGAAGGGAGGGAAGACAGACUAGCCCGACUACGACGACGACGACGCUCGUUAUUUUUGUACGGUGCAUCGCUGCUUUUCCCUUUGCUUCCUCUCUUUCGGAGUACGCGCGCGAAACCGUUUUCAAAUCUCGUGUCGAGUGAACGCGAACGACGAACGUUUCGAUUGGACGGACCAGGGGAGCCGUUCUCAAGAUCCGAGGAAAGUGGUGUGUUGGUGCGCGCAUCGAGGUGAGCACGUAGAAAAUAAAAUCGGACAUAGGCGUGAGAGACGUUAAGGGAAGAAAGUAAACAGGGAAAUUAAGAGGAAACAAAGAGAUUUGAAAAUGCCGACGAGUCUGUUCAGCGAGAUGGAUCGCUGUACGAAUGGCGGAGGUGCCGGCUCGAUCGAGGAACAACGAGCCCUUCAGCUCGCCUUCGAGCUCUCGAUGCUCGGGCUCGAAGGCACGCCCGGAUGUCCCGGUAGCGGAACCACCACCGUACCCGGUACCAACGCCGAUCCCGAUCCUCUGCAGACGGCACCUAGCAGCGUCUUCGAGGAAGCCCGCUCCAAAAAGAGCCAGAACAUGACCGAGUGCGUGCCGGUGCCCAGUAGCGAGCACGUGGCCGAGAUCGUCGGCCGACAAGGCUGCAAGAUCAAGGCUCUACGGGCGAAAACGAACACUUACAUAAAAACGCCUGUACGCGGCGAGGAGCCGGUGUUCGUGGUGACCGGACGAAAGGAGGACGUGGCGCGCGCCAAGCGCGAGAUCCUCUCCGCGGCGGAGCACUUUUCGCAGAUCCGAGCGUCGAGGAAGAGCACGUUGGGCGCGCUGCUGGGUGCACCGCCCGGUCCACCGGCCUCGGUGCCGGGACACGUGACGAUCCAGGUACGAGUACCGUACAGAGUAGUAGGUCUGGUGGUAGGACCGAAGGGAGCGACGAUCAAGAGGAUUCAACAUCAGACGCACACGUACAUCGUGACGCCGAGUCGCGACAAGGAACCGGUCUUCGAGGUGACGGGCCUGCCGGAAAGCGUGGAAGCCGCGAGACGCGAGAUCGAGGGACACAUCGCCCUGAGGACCGGCACCGGUCUCGCCGAGGAGGAUCUCUUGGGUGCUCUCUGCCGCGGCGGCCUCGGCUCGAUCCUCGGCUGCCUCGUGCCACCGGGAACGACACCCUGCAACGACUCCAAUUCGAACUCGAACGACUCCAGCGGCGGCUUCUCCUCCAGCGGCAGUUGCAGCAGCUCCUCCAGCAGCUCCGGAGCACCGGGACUGCACGAUCUCGUAGCGAUAUGGGGAGCCGGUCUCGAGAGAGACGAGGGCCUCGGCGAGUCGCCCUCCUUCGAGUCUCAGGCGGCCUCGGCCUCCUCGAUCUGGUCAUUUCCCGGCGUCGCGCUACCCUCGAGGCCCUCGCCUCCGGCAUCGGCGAGUCCAGCGUCGCCGACGGAUUCCCUUCUAGGAGGCGGUAGCGCCGGUGGCCGUCGCGAGUGCGUCGUAUGCGGCGACAAAGAGGUCACCGCCGCCCUCGUGCCCUGCGGGCACAAUCUAUUUUGUCUCGACUGCGGCAACAGGGUCUGCGAGAGCUCCACUCCGAUGUGCCCCGUCUGCUCCAGGCCCGUUCUACAGGCGCUUCGCAUCUUCUCAUAAACGGCCGUGUGCGCACCCGAGCGCACCCGAGCACAGCUCCCGCACGCUAACAAGCACGACGGACGCGCACAAUCUCUCAAUUCCACUGCUGCCAAUAAUCUCUUUAACGCGCCAGGAACGUUUCGACCUUUCUGAUACGUCGUCUCGUUCCCAGUGCCCGAUCGGAUACAACGAAGUCAGCUUUUAAGUUUUAUCACGCAGAGAGUAGAGAGCUAGUACGAGAGAAAACCAGAGAGAGCGAGAGAGAGAGAGAGAGAGAGAGAGGAAGAAAGAGAGAGAACAAAAAAAUACUAGUAGACUCUCGUCGUCGUCGCGUCCUUCUCUUCCAGUCUCAAUGCGUAGCUUUUCGAAGGCGAAGAGCUUCGACUCGGCCCUACGAGUAUGACCUCCUUCGAGGAACCUUGUCUCCGCUACUUCGUCAACUAUCGGAAAACUUUCGGCGGAGAGCGACUCUCUCUCUCCUUCGAAGAGUCUUAUUUAUUCUUGACGAUCUCGUCUCGGCUUCCACCCUUGUUAUUCGAGCGUUUGAACGAAAAUCGCUCGGAUCUGUUCCACCUUUCGACGAAAUUUUCUUUCAUUUUCAACGAUCAGUCAUUCCAGUUGGUUAAAGAAAAUAAAUCUUUUCCGAGCGAGUUUCUCGAAUCGAAGUACGCGUGAAAAAACCUUUAAUAGCGUACAUCCUUUUCAAUACGGGGCAACGAUACUCGUCUGUGCCACUUUAAACGCGAUCACGUUCGACAGAAUACUUCUUCCAGCAGCGGCAUUUUUCAAAAUCGGCAACGUGCCUUCGACGACGAUAAUUUAAGAAAGAAAAGAAAGACAACGUUAACGGCAGGAAUCUUGUGAUGUCCGAUCUCUCGUUUCGUCGUCGAGGGCACCUGAUCGUGAUUUCGAGGUUUCGCGCGAAAUGCUACGUAGCCAAUGGAAAUAAUUUCGCAGAGUAAUUAUUAAACUUGAGUGCGAAGCGAAGGACGACGCGAGAGUGAGGGAGAAGGGGAGAGAGAGAGAGAGAGACAGAGAGAGAAAGAGUGAGGCAGAGAGGAGAGAGAGGGAGAGAGAAAGAAAGAGAGAGAACAAGAGAAAUAUAUUCUACGAACGGAGAACGAUGCUUACGUGUCCCUCAAAGCGCAACAUAGCUCGUACGACGACUCGUAAAACGCGCUUGUUCCACCCGACAUCCCUCGCUACUAAGAGUAUUAUCUUACAUUUAUAUAAGCGACAUAGCAAUUGAAAUAAUUAUAACAAUAAUAAUAAUAAUAAUAAUAAAUAAUAAUAAUAAUAAUAAUAAUAAUAAUAAUAAUAACACUGAUACACUAAUAAUAAUAGUAAUAAUAUUAAUAUAUUAAAAAUAUAUAUAAAUAUAUGGAUAUAUAUAUAUAUAUAUAUGGUGAUCCGACGAGUUCGACGACGCGCGCUUGCGCGUGCUCGUCGGCCUCGGCGAACGCGACGAUAUUUUAUUGAGAUGUAGAUUUUGUAUUUUUCGCGCGUUUUGACGACGGGACGACGGGUGGUUCGAUCGAGUUGUUACGAGCGUUCAUUUAACGAAUAACAAUAUAAUAACGUAGUAAUAUUAAUAAUAAUAACAAUAAUAGUAAUUAUAAUAUUUCUAGUAAUAAUGAUAAUAAUAAGAAUAAUAAUAAUAAUAAGAAUAAGUUUGAGAGAAAGAUGAUGAAAGGAGAAAAUGAAGCGUCGAGAGGUAUCGUAGGCAUCGACCUUCAAGCGAGAAAAAAAGUUUGGUAUUCGUGAUAGUGAUUGAGCUUUUCAAAUACGAGAAAGAAUUUUUGAAAAAUGAAUCACACGUUUUAAGCGUAGACUUGCGCAUACGUAGCUUUUUUUCAAGAGGCAUAAUUAUUAUAUUAUUAUAUUACAGUGCAUUAUAUUAUAUAGACGUAUAUACGGAAGCUAUAUGCAUAUAUAAACUUACAUAGAUAUAUACAUAUAUAAUAUGUGUCACUAUAUUGCGCUCUUUUCUCUCUCUCUCUCUCUCUCUCUCUCUCUCUCUUUCUCUUUUUCUCUAUCUAUUCACUUAUCUAUCUACUUAUCUAUCCAUCUAUCUAUCGAUAUAUAUAUCUCCCUGGUCCUUUGUCUCUCUCUCUCUCUCUCUCUCUGUCUCUCUCUCUCUCUCUCUCUCUCUCUCUCUCUCUCUCUCUGUGUCUCUCUCCAAACAGGACGCAAUCCGGUUAGAGAAAAGACGAGGGCCUCUUUCGCCCUAAACCCGAAUUCGUUCUUUUGAUUUCGAGAGUAAACACGCGUCUUUGCGUUCUAUUUUUCGCAACUUGCUUCUUUCUUUCUACGACUUUGCACGGAAAAGAUCGAAAAAGGAUGUUCGAUGCAGUCAGUUCGAAUUCGUUUCGCGGAAAAGAUAAAUGAUUCAUAUAUUUGACGAUUAACCUUUUUUAAUAAGUUCCGCGUACGAUUAGCCCUGCGAAAGGAAAAAGAAACGAAGCUUCGUUAUCUUUUUUCGUUUUCCGUCGACGAGAGCCGCUCGUCGUCGAAUGUUGCCAUUUGUUCAUUUUCGCGUCGAACAAAAAUAGUGAUACGCUUCGGUCGCAGCUCCGAAAUACAAGCCGAGAUUUAUAUAUAUAUAUAUAUACAUAUGUGUAUAUAUAUAUAUAAAAAUAAAUAUUAUGUUGCAAAUAACGUAUAUUAUAUAAAUAUAUACAUAUAAAACUAUGUAUGUAUAUAAACACAGAAAUACGGGCACACAUAAGUAGAUGUGUUUAUCAUCCACCGAUGGCGGAUAAAAAACGAAGAUAUAUUUUCUAAUCGCUCGAGCCGAACACGCUCCUGCCUAGUUUUCCUUCUAUUUUUUCUUUUUGCUUCGAGGUGUCUUUCUUUAUAUUCCUUUUCUUUUUUCUUUUUUCAUUUUCGCAUAAAUCAUCUUCGUUCAUUUGUCCGCCGUGCGUUUUCUUUUCGUAUUAUAUUCGCGACUCAUAUAUUAUAACGCGUAGCAUCGUUCACUUAUAUCGUUCUCUUCUUUCUUAAUUCUUCCUUCGAACGCGUUCUCGUAACUUAUCUAGCUGACGUAUACACUCAUGAAGAAAAAAAAAAAGGACAAGAAAUUUCUCCUUUAUUCGUACACGAAUACACGCGAACAACACACGUACACGCGCACAGCAACCCGAAGGAGACACUCAUAGAUAGAUGAGAACGUUAUAUUAGACAACCUUGAGACUCCGAACGAAGCUUACACACAUGUAUACAUACAAACACAAAAACUUAUAUUUAUAUAUUAUAAACGACGCUCACAUAAGAGAGAAAGAGAAAAAGUUUUAUUAUAUUUAAGUUCGUGGCAAAGCAAAUUCUAUAUUUUUUCUAUGUUAAGUAUAAAGGAGAUUAAAAAAGAAAAAAAAUGAAGAAAACAGAAGAAUAAAUGCGUAAAGAAAGGUUCUGUGACGACGCGUACACAUAUAUAUUAUAUUAUUAUAUUAUAUUAUAUUAUAUGAUAUAUAUAUAUAUACAUACAUAUACAUAUAAAAAAGAUAUAUUUAUAAGUAUUCUCUUUAGUAUAACUACGUUCCGAAUCGCGCGGAUCUCGCUGUCGGUGAGCGCACGCGCGCGCGUGCGCACGCUCGCAGAUGGAUCUCGUGUGACAGAUAAUCUGUCGUAACGCAACGCGAAGAGCUCGCUUUGAAAAAGUCUGAUUCAGAAGUUGAAAUACGGUGGUUCUUCGUUUCGAAGGGAAGGUAAUCCGCGUUUUAAUGGAGAUAUCGAGGUGGAAGACGAGCUUUUUCGUAUGAUACGCGGGCAUUAAGAUCGCGCACGCGUUCGUGUAUAAAUUAUAUCGUGUGCUCUCGAAAUACAUAUAUGUAAUAUAUAAUACAAAAACACCACACAACACAUUCGGUCACAUACAGAUACAGGUAUUCACAUAUACGCGUAGACGAGCGUUCGUAUAUAUUACAUUUAGGCGAAUAUGUAUGGAGUGACUAGUAGUCGAUAUAACAUAUAAAAUGAGCGAAGAAUUUACUAUUACAUCUUAUUAUUUAACGAAGAAGCGUCUUCAAAAACGAAAGUGAAACGCGGUAUUAAUUACCGUGAGACAGGAGAAAGGGUAGAGGAAGAAAAUACCAGACCUGCCGAAGGGAGAGCGUAGAGGCGGUUUAUUAGGACGGUUGCCAGAACUCGGAGCGUGGCGGGAAAUUCAAAACGUCGACGCGCUUCACGAAGGGUGUCCGAGGGGGAGAGGGAGAGAGAGAGAGAGAGAGAGAGAGAUAUAUAAAGGAAGAGACGAGAAGAAAGAGGAAAUAGAAGAACAAUAGCACAUUGACGCAAUACAAAGAGCCGUUAAACUACAAAUUGGGCAACGACUCGUUUGCGUUCACUCCGUCGACAAAAGUGUCGAGAGACAAUUUGUACCAACGCAAGUUCUCUCGAACGUUUCAUUCGAUUUUUUCCUACGUUUUCGAAAUUUCAUCUUUUUUCGUCGCUAACAAAUCUUUUCGCGUUCGAGGGACACUGCCGAACAAAAUCUGUUAAAAUUCAAUAGGAUUGCGGCAAAACACGAAUGACGAACGGUGUAGUUUUCGACUAACAGUUAUUCUUAUCACUAUUUAGUUAUUAUCGCUAUUACUACUAACACCAUGAUGAUUAUUAUUAUUUUAUUGUCUUACGUUUCCCGUAUUAUUAUUACUAUUAUUAUUAUUAUCACUACUAUUAUUAUCAUUAUUUUUAUUUCAUUAUCUUAUUGCGUUUUCUUGUAUUAUUAUUAUAAUCAUCAUUAUCAUUAUUAUCAUUGCUACUAAUAUUACUAUUAAUAUUAUUGCCGUUACAAUAGCACAAAAGGAUUGUCGAGAACCUCCGCUAGACUUUGGGACGACUCUGCUGAAUUAAAGAAACACAUAAACGAUACUACGCGCAUUAUAAUCAAGCAGCCUUCACUUUGGCCGAGGUUCUGGCAUCGCGUAGACACCGUUCUUGUCGUUUUCGUAGUUCGUAGUCGUUUCCUUGCAAAGAUAGUCUCUCUUUCUCCGGACCCUGUCGCGUUACGGUCCCAUCUAUGGAAAGAGAUGUUCGACGAAGGAGAGAAAUUCUCGAAAUUAGAAUGAGAAGAGGGAAGGAGGAAGAGCGUUCGAACUUCGUCCUCGGCUCGCGAAAUCGUCCUUUGUCGAUAGGGACAAAGCGAAGAGCGGGAGAACAUUCGUACGAACUAUUGUGCCAUACGUAAAUCAAAAGCCUAUUUCUCGUCGUUGUUAAUGUGAAGUCAAGUUCGAGCCGAAGUUUGCGGAACAUUCGGAAAUUCCGAGUUUUCUCCGCAGUGCGUUUUUCCCGCGCAGCCAUUGUCCUUGCCAAACCGCGAGGGGCCAUUUCGCGAACGCAGGAUACCGACGUAGGAAUGCGCGUACGAUCGCGAAAGAGGGCCAGGUCUACGCGAGACGUUAUUUAAUUUAAAAUAAUAAAAAAAUAAAAAAAUAAAAAAAGACAAAAAAACGCAGAGAAAAAAGAACGAAGGAAGCACGUUAAAUGGGAGACCUCGUGACUAAGGCUAAAUGAAUAUAAUAACUAUAAAUGUAAAAAUAAAAAAGACGUAAAGUUUAAUGAUUAUUAAUAGCCCAUUGGCUGUGACCGAUAACUGCCAUUUUCGUAAAGCAAAAGUAAAAAAAAAAACUAAUAAAGCGUGAAGCAAGUCAUUAAGAGAAAUGAAAACGAAAGUAACACAACAAAAAAAAAGAGAGGAAGAGAAAAAAAAAGAAGAAUCACAGGACGAAAAUACUAUUGACGCAAAACCACACGCACUUACACAUGCACCGUAUUACAGGAUGGAGAAACUGAAAGACAGAUCAAUAUGUAGUCUACAGGAAUGAUCGAGAAGACGCUGAAUUUUAUCGAUGAAAAAAAGAGGAAGAUCUUCGCGAAGCAAGAGAAGGAUCGAUUUAUCGGGCGAAAAAGUCGAACGUAGCGUUGACAUUUAUGUGAACUGCCUGUAACACCCACUCUUGGCCCCGCCAUCCUUCGAAUUUCAUAAUGAGAGGGCAGUGAUCGACGCAGUGAGAGACGAGAAAAAGAAAGAGAGGGUGAGAGAGACAGAAGGAAAAUGAAAAUAAGUGUAAAGAAGGAAAGGAAUAAAAAAAAAAGAAGAGAAACUAUGCGAGAUUAAAGAAUGUGAGGCACACACCCACACGACGAUACAUAUCUCAGAUAAUAAUAACUACACGUAAGGGAGAUUAAUAGGGAUUUAAAUAGAUGGCAAAGUAAUAAGAGAAACUUAAAAAAAAAAAGAAACAGAAAAUGCAUAUAGAGUUAGUAAUAAUUUAAUUAUAGAGCUAUUGAAACUUAUAUAUACAUAUAUAUAAAUAUAUAUAUAUACAUACAUACACACACAAGUACGGCACGGAUAUAGUUAUAUAUAUAUAUAUAUAUAUACACAUAUAUGUAUAUGUAUAUAUAUGUGUAUAUAUAUACGUAUAUAUGUAUGUGUAUAUGUAUGUAUGUAUAUAUAUAAAUGCAUAUAUAAAUAAAUAAAUACACAUACACACACACACACACACACAUACACAAAGAGACAAAAAUGACCGUUGUUGCUUAAUUUAACUCUAUUUACUAUAUGAUUAUAUUCUAUUGAAUAGGUAUAUCCGAUUUUUAUUAUUAUUAUUAAAAUUAUUAUGAUUACUUAUUAUUGUCAUGAUUAUUAUUAUUAUUGAACCGUAUAUACAUAUAGAUAUAUUGUAUUUAAUGUAGCGUUUCGAUCGUGCAUCAUAGAUCGUAUUUUUCGGUACCGGAGCACACGGUCUUUUUCCCUCGAUAAACGGCUCGUAGCUUAUCUCUUUGGCGCAUUUUCUCUUCCCUUCUUCUUCUUCUUCUCAAGAUGGCAUGCGAAGAUCCGAGGGGAAGCUGUGCGAAAACGGACCGGGUUAAAAUCCAAGCAGCUAAUUGGAAAAACGGCUCGCGUUCGAUUUCGAUUUCUAGUGCUUUCAACGUGUAUACGCUUUUUCUCUUCAUUUUUUGUUCGUGUUCGUUUUACUUUUCUUUAUUUCUUUUUUUUUUUUAUUAACUUUGUUCUUUCAUUGCCAAUUUUCGUUGUUAUCUCAUUUACCAAGCCAACUUCCACACGUUUCCAUUCUGCAAGCUAUAAAAUGAGUAGUGAUCGGAUAUGAGUGAGAAAGUUCGAAUAUCUAAUAUAUUAUUAUAUACAUGUAUAUUACAAAAAAAAAGUAUAUAUAUAUACACACACAUAUAAUAUAAAAGUAUAUAAUAACACGUAGAAUAUGUUCGUACUUUGCGAAUAAAGAUAUAAGGGCAAUGCGUUGGAGGAUGUACCAAGCGGUAAUUACGUUCGAUCUUCGCGUUACGUGAGAUACAUAUACUUGGACACGCAUACAUAUAUCUACACAUUAUGCUCAUACUUGGUUCGAAGGCGACGUUCGAACGCCUUACCAUGUGAAUUCACUUACCUCUACUCAAUUAACUUGAAUUUUUCUUGAUAAUGGAAUACGUCGUAAUCGCCGAUCGAAAAGUGAAAACAUCGAAAGAUCGAUGAGAAGAAGGAGGUGAAAAGGCGAUCGAUUCGUUUCGAUCGAGGCGAUUACGACGGUCACUCUCUCAGCCCACAAUCUCGAUCUCAGAAAAGAAAAUAAAAAGAAGAAGAAUAGGAAAAGGAGAAAAAGGGCUCUUUCCACGUGCUUCGACUCGAAAGCGGCCUUUUUUAUUUCGUCCGUCCUCUCGCCAUCGAGGAGGAAUACGCGACGAAGAUAGACGAGGUACGAAGGGUCGCCGUCAGCCCUAUUCGAGUAUUCUCUCGAAGAACAUUCUUCCUUUUUCGUUCCUUCGUCAUCGUGAAGAGUAAGAAAUGAAUAUCGUCUGCUUUAUCAGGCACGAUCCGAGAAUGGCAACCGCUUCGAGACUUGAGAAUCAGUAUUUCGAUAUAGAUAUAUAUAAAUAAAUAUAUAUUAUAUAUAUAUAUAUAUUAUAAUUAUAUUAUUAUAAUUAUGAUUAUCAUUAUGAUUAUUAUUAUUAUUAUCAUCAUACGAAUAUUAUUGUAGCAUAAACACCGAAAAUCAUGAGCAUCCGAGAUCUCUUUUUCCGAGAAUGACGUGGAAAAAAAUAAUACGUACGCACGUAUUGUCGUAAAAAUAGAUGCAGGAUGUGUGUUGUAGGUGUAAAGAAGUAAAACAGAACAUUGAUCUCGCGCAUUACGACAUUACUACAGUGAAAUCGAAAAGACAUGAAGAGAUUGGGUGAUUAGGGGUCCGUGUUUCUUAGGAUGUCAGGUGACGUAAAGAUAUUUCAAGGGAAUCGAAGAAAAAGGAGUCGAAUGUGAGCAGCAGGAAAAUCUUUGAUUUGAAAUCUCUUAAGAUUUUCCUCGAUUAACUUGGUUGCAAACAUACGUAUAAAAGCAUAUACCGCAUUAUCGUAGUUAUCGCAUCAUUAUGAAAAUUAUUAAUAUUAUUAUUAUUAUGCAUUUUUUUAAUUAUAUUAUUAUUAUAUUAAUUAUAUUAUAUAUAUUGAAUGUUGUGCAUAGAGCGUUCUUUCAAAAUCACUCGUGAUGCAACGAGCGAAGAUCAAUCAAAGGGAGAGAGAAAGAAAAAAUGACAACACUAUAACGAGAGAACUCUAAUAUAUGUAGCCAAGAUAUUUUAUGUCCAAUAUGUUAUAAACCUCAUUGUGUAUUUAUCAUUAUUAAGAUUAAUAUUAUUCUCUAUUAUAUUACUAUUAUUAUUAUUAUUAUUAUUAUUAUUAUUAAUUUUAAUAUUAUUAUUAGAUCAUUAUUAAUUUUUUAAUAUUUAUCGACAGAUCAUUUUUGUUUUCUUUUUUUUUUCUGAAAUAUAAAGUAAACGCUUUUAAAACGCGUGUCGACCCGCGAGUCGGCAAUGCGGCGAAGAUCUCUCUCAAAAUCUAGGGUAGCACAAGACGCGUUAUUCAAGACAGAAGAAAAAAGAAACAAAAAAAAAAAAUAAGAAAAGAGGAAAAGGAAAAAACACACGUGCACUCUCCGUACUCUUCUCCUAUUCAAUCGGUUUCGUUUACUGUCUCUAUAGUAUUUCUUGAAACAUUGUCGCGUUGCGUUGCUAAUGAGAUUUUAAUCGUGGCUCUCCUUCAUUCUCGAGAAGAACGACGAGGCAGCCAACGACGGAUCGUCUCGUUCGUGCAACUAACGAGGCUGCAAUUCUCUACGCAAUCAUUGAUAAUGUCGAUCUUUCACUUAGCAAUAAUCACGUUGCAGCUUUGUGCGGAACUGAGAGACGAUCGGACGAUUCUUCUGAUACUUUUGCAUAUUUCUUUUUUUUUUCCUUUUUUUUUCUUUUGUCAUAAUAUUCUCUCUCAUUAUACCGCCUCGUCGUUGACGCGCAAUUUCUUCGCAAAUCGAUAUUAAUUCGCAAGAGAUAUCUACCAUUCGAAAAGAGCGAGAUUAAUCCUUCGCGCGACCACGUCGCGUCCACGAAUGAUAUUACUACUUGAUAUAGAGGAAAGACUCCCCCCUCGCUCGCAGAACACUUACACAGAAACAUACACACACUCAUCGCACGUGCGGAAAACACGCGCGAACACUUAUUCACUAGCACCCAUUUUACCCUGAUGGCACGAUGUAUGUCGUAAAUAUAUAUAUAUAUAUAUGUGUGUGCGUGUACGUAUGUGUGUGUAUAUAUAUAUAUACGUAUGACAUAUUCAUGAUAAAUAACGGUAAUGAUAAUUAGUGUAUCGAUAUACGUGUAGCUAUAAAACGAUAUGAUAAUCACUAGCGUGAGAGUGAAACGAAAGGAGAGCAAGAAGGAGAAAGAAAGAUUCAUAGCAGAGCUAUUUUCGGCAAAAUGAUAAAGAAAAUAAGGUUCGUAAAUAUAAAAAAAAGAUGAAGAGAAAGACAGUACGAAAGGAGAACGAAAGCUAUAGAGAGAGCGGGAUAGUGAGAAUAGAGCUACAAGCUUAUUAUUUUCUAUAUUUUUUUAUGUAAUUUUGCGGAUAUGCGAUAAUAUAUUAUGACUUAUUAAUUAUUAUUAUUAUGAAUAUUUUAAUAUAUAAUAUGAUUUUCACAUGACGUGUACUUAUGUUUUCUUCCCUGUGUUCUGUGUCCGGUUGUUUAAAAGCUAUGUUUGAUUUAUUUAGUACGACAAAGAUAAGCGAGUAAGUAAAUUGGAAUAACAUCGCAUAUUUUGGAAUGAGCAAAGACGAAGGGAGGAAACAAGAAUCAAACAUGCGCGACUAUUGCAACCCGACGAUCCUAUUUUGAUAUAAUCAUGUUUGUGAUUAUUACUAUUAUGUUCAUUAUUGUCUAUUAUUAUUAUUAUUAUUAUUAUUAUUAUUAUUAUUAUCAUUAUUAUUAUUAUUAUUAUUAUUAUCACUAUUUUAUUUUUAUGAUUACGAUUUUAUAACAUAUGAUUACUUUUAUUAUAGCCGAUAUACCGAUAGUAUAAAUGGCAUAGUGCAUACCGAUUAUCAUUAUUGUCAUUUGCGAAUGUCUAAAGAUAAUGAUUUAUUGUUUUCGGUAAGAAGCAGAAAUACAUAUACAAACACGCGUAUAUACGCUACACAUGCACACACUCUAUCCAACUACUUAUUAAAAAAUCAUAUUUUAUCCCGUAAUAUAUUUUUGUCGAAUUAUUUUUUAUAUUAAUAUAUAUAUACAUAUAUAUAUAUACAUAUAUAUUAUAUUACGCAGAGCACCGUUUUUUAUAUUUUAUAUGUCUCUCCGCGAGUUCGAGACGAGCGGCGUGGAUUUUUACGAGAAUCAAUGAGAACGCCGCCGUCCACCAUUGUCCUACUUCCGAAACAUUUAUUUUUGUACCGUACGACCCUUAAGUUUUUUAUAAAUAACUAACGGCAAGAUGCCACCCUCCUUUUGUAUAUCGAAAUCCGACUGCGAAUGGCCAAUUCGCGUUUCUCAGAGCGGCAAAAAAAGGAUAAAAAAACAAAACAAAAUAGUACAGACAGAUUGUGGUCUAAUGUUAAGAAAUCCUACAAAAAAAAAAAAAAUGGUACCAAAUAUUUUAUUAAAAAGUGACAAAACUUAAGAGUCAAGAAAACAACACGUACACAAUACAUGCAUCUAUUACUGGAUAACAAGAAAUUUAAUAAAAUGUUACGUGAUUUUUAUAAAUUGAUUCUUAGUUUUUCUUCAUUUUCUUUCGAUUAUAUCUGGCCGUUCCUAAAGGUACUCACGUUUAUUGCUUUCAGUUUCGUGCAAUCCUCUUUCUCUCUCUCUCUCUCUCUCUCUCUCUCUCUCUCUCUCUCUCUUUCUCUCUCUCUCUCUCUCUCUCUCUCUCUCUUUCUUUUUCUCUCUUUUUUCUUCCUUAUACACAUCGACGCUGGUUAUCUUUCAUUCUUUCUCUUAGCACUCGCACGCUCUCCUUCUCGCUCUGUAAGUGUGUUCUCGCGGUAUUCAUUUUUCCACGCUAUUCAUAGUUUGCGGAAUCAAAUCCGCAAGGAUCAUCGUUUCAUCGCAUCAACGCCGGCUCGCCUUCGCGUGUAUCAUUUAUCUUCCAUGAUUAAAAUGGAAAGUCAAACUGCGAUUGCCACACAUUCACACCUUUCUUAAAUAUCAUACGUCAUUCGUACACCUACCAAUCUCUUAGCGUCUAGCCAUUGACUCAAAGCCGACUACGAUGGUAUUAAUCUCGACGAGUACCGAUAAAAAUCAAGAAUCGAGAUUUUCCUCGGAAAUUUUUUUUUUUUUUUGUUGUCUUCAAUUCUAUGGAAAGAUUCUUCUCUCUCGAGAAUCUUCAAAGUCCGGAUUGCGUAGGAAUCGGUUUCUUGUUUCUUCUUUUGUUCAAACGCUCACGAUCGAUGAUCGUCAUAAACAAGUUAGAUGAAAUUUUGAUCUGCGAUAUAGGAUUAUUCCGAAAUUUGGGUUUCUUUAUCCAUUCAAUAUUUUCAAUGCCGUAUUUCAAUAAUUCCCUCGUGAACUUUAUCUAAUAGACAGAUAAAUGUGAAGAUAGAAAGGGGGAGGGGAGAGAGAGAGAGAGAGAAAGAGAGAAUGAAAAUUAACUUUGAGGGUGGUACCAUUAAAUAUGCAGGCAUCCGCAAUCGGAGUUGGUGUGACGUUAGCGUUAGAGCGGAAAAUGGAACAAGACUUUCAGAUCGAAGGGUGUAAUCACGCGCGUAUAAUUAUUCGUUGUGCAAGUAGGUAGAUGGUCUUUGUCUGGUCGUACUCGGAAGGAAGAGAAAAAUUAAGGCUGAAAUACGAACGGUAUUCUUCCUAUGACAAUAUAUACAUAUAUACAUUAUCGUACAUACGAACGUGUGCAUGCGUUAGAGAAAAAGCUUUUCGAACACAUACGUAUAUAUAAUUACUGUCUGUGUAAUAUAAAUUUAGCUCGUAAAGUAUAUUAAAAAAUGAGAGAAGAAAAGAAAGGAGAAACGAAAAAGUUUCUUGAGAUUUUCAAAAGAAUAUACAUAUAUGCUUCUCCGCGCGAUCCAGACAAAGGAAGAUAAGAAAAAAGAUGUCGUAGAAAAGAAAGAAAAAUGUAAAGAUCGUCGAGCCGGGCAAUGAAAGUAGCGUAGACGGCCCUGAUCGUCGCAUGUCCGCGUCGACCAAUGACCGAGCGCACGAAGCAGGAGCGUGCCGCGAAAAUUUGUCGGUGGCUCGCACAACGAUAGCGCCUUGGUCGAGGGUUGUUGCCCGUUGGGAUGGCAACGUCGCAUUGCAGCGUUAGGGCUGCGGUCGAUGCCGCCGUCCUCACGAUGGCGGCUUAUCGGGCUGCGAGGUUGCCGUACUGUUCGACUCCAUGCUCGACUUCGUGCUCGACUCCACCCUUAUUUUAUUCGAUUCUUGCGUUUUCGAACCUUUUUAACGUCCCUCGAAAAUAUCUUAUAUGUUUCACGGAUGAUUUGCGAUCGCGUGUUCGCUGCCGAUCGUACUUCCUCGCCUAUUUUCUUCUAAUUAUCAUAUUUUAAUCAGAAACGUUUCGUAUACAUCGAUCAUUUAAAAAUUCCUCGUGAGCAAUAGGCUGAUUUCUAUUUUUCCCAACAAAUCCUUCCAAAUUUUUAUUUCCCUCGGUCAGAAUGAUAAUUAAUAAUUUUGCUGAUAGCUUUGAAUCGAACAAAAACUUAUUAUGAUCGGUAAUAGAUGCAGUAGUGAGGGAGAUAACAAUGCAAGAGUAAGGGAGUUUGUUCGUCACGUAACAACUCGAAUGGCCACGACAGAACAUAUUCUCUUCGUUGAAUAUGACCGACCGUCGUGUCGUUCCCUUCUCUCUCUCUCUCUCCUUUCCUCUUUCUCUCUUUGUCGCUUUCAACCCUCUCUUCUCUCCCCUCGACGUUAUACUCUCGGCAGCAGCCUCCAUUGCUCCGCAGUAGAUCGAUAGCAGCAAUGGUGCUCGCUCUCGCGCUACUCGGCCUGAUGUAUGUAUAGGCCUGGCACGCGUCGCUGGAAAAUUGCAGAGAACAUUCUCCGCUGUGAGGGGUUGAAAGGGAGGAAGAGAAAGAGAGAGAGAGAGAGAGACGGUUAGCAGCCACCCCGAGGCCGAUUCCAGGGCCGUAAACCUCUACCUUUUUUGCGACACGCUAUUCUUUCGCCAUUCUUUUACGCUCGAUACGUAAAUAUAUUUUUUUUUUUUACAUUCUUUGUAAAUCGACGAAAAAAAUCUAACAAAGAUCCUUAAAUUUGCAGCUUAUAACAUUAUAUCGUUCUUAACUCGGUCGGAUCUACUAGAGAAAACUAUUCCCAUUUCAAACUUUGCGACUCCCGUUGGAGUAUAAUCUCGACUUGAAGGUCAGUGCGUCGUUAUUGUCCCCAUACUCGACGUGGAUAUAUUUCUGUGAUUGAGAACGAAGUCUUAGAUGUGCUGUGCUAGAACGGCAACGUGACUUUUACGAAGACCGCUCACGGACUAACUCGAUUCAUCUAUUAUUUCAUUUUAUAGAGAUAAAUUAUUUUUUAUUCUCACGGGACUAGAUAAUACAAUCUUUUUUCCAUUAGGGAAAAGAGAAUUAUUUCAUAUUUAAACGACCUAAGGUUGCAUUACGUGAGACACAACAAACGUAAUAUCUUGAAACACGGAGAAUGCCAAGCGCUCGAGAUUAUAUUUGCCGGAGAGCUCAGAGGGCGAUCGAUUUAAUUUCGUUCCUUUUUCAAACGUUUCGCGCGUUUUCUCUCUCUCUCUCUCUCUCUUUUUUUAAAGCUUGGUGGGAUUCCUUCAAGAAAGAGGAGCAAUACAGAAUCUUUAAAGAAAGAUAGCAAAUACCUCCCUCUUUCGCCUCUUAUCUUCUCUCUCUUUCUCUCUCUCUCUCUCUCUCUCUCUCUCACGCAAUCUCUUCCCCUGACUCUUUUCCCCUCUCCGUUCUCGGUCGAUAGCUUGUAAGGGUCGCAGAGACGCGACGACCAUAUACGUGCUCUCUACAUCGUUAAUGAACUGAAAAACACCACGUUCUUCAUUUUCUAUAUCAUAUACAAGCCGUAAAGCCUAAAUCGCAUAAUUAAGACCAGAAAUAAAAUUGCACGAAAUGUAUAUUCAACGGCUGAUCUUUUACAUAGAAAUAUCACAUCGCAGAUUGCCUCAAAUGAAAUUUUCUUUUCAAUAUAUGCUAGACCAACGGAAAAGAAGAAGAAAAAUAUAAACUAACUUCAGAUAUACCCAACUGCAUCGCGUACACGUUAGGCCUGUCGAUUACAAUGGAGAAACUUAUAUACAUGCAUAUAUAUGUGAUUUAUGAACAUUAAAUUCUCUCAAUCGAAGACAACUGAUUCGUAACUAUUGGCAAUAUGUAUUUUAGAAAACUGAAAGGCCUUCCGGCACGUAAUACAAUAUGACCUUCUUCCACUCGUCGUUUUGAUGUCAAUAACUUGCCAUUCUUUUACUUAGAGCUAUCAGUUUUACUACUUUUUCACUCAUCACUUUCAUUCAUUAGCGUAAUCAUUUUAAUAAUUUUGAUUUGUUGUCUUCUUUGUUCAUACGAGUGCAUAUAUAUAUAUAUGUGUGUGUGUGUCUGUAUAUAUAUACAUAUAUCCAGAUGUGAUUAGCAUAGAAAAAAUGUGUUUGAAAAAUGUAAAGAUCGAGGAGAGGGGCGAUGAUGCGGUAAUGCUUUAUAAACUUUUGUGUUCUGCUCGAGCGUCGAUUUUUAUUACGUAGUCGAGUUGUUUCGACGGUAAUAAAUACAAAGAGUUACGUCGUAGCGAGUGAAGCACGACUAUGAAUUCCGUUCAAAGUCCACUUCGCUCGUCAUGAAAAAAAAAGACGAUAUCUUAUAUGGACUUAACGCUUUAAGUGCUUAAGGUUUAAAUAAUUACAAAUCAAUGAAAAUCCUAGGAUUAUAUUCUAUUGCAGCUUACACGUAUGCCGAUAGUUUAUCUACAGGACUCACGUAUAGUGAAACUUGAAAAUUCGUUUUUUUUUCGCGAUAGACUAAAGAACGUGUCACGUGUGAUUCGUUCGACGUUCAAAAUUCAUGCCGGCGCGUGCGGUCUUUGUAAACGCUAGCCGCAACAUUAUUUUCCGCACAGGUGCGAUCGAACGUGUCGAAUGAAUGGGUGCAACGAGUUCAGCAUCGGCGUACAGAAGAUUAAUCGACUCUGUCUAAUUUAUCGCAAUUAAUCUUCGUACUACAUCCUGUCCGCUUUACGUGGUGCGAUUAAUUCGAGGCAAAGGGUCCGCUAGGUAGAACGACUCCUUUUCUCUUGCACGGCUCAUUGAUCGUUCUCUAAUCGACCAACGAACCGAUAAAGAGACGACGAACGAGCGUCAGGAGAUGGAUCCUUUAAAUGGUACGAAAAAGAUACUUGAAAAAAGAUACACGCGAAAUUGGUGAAAUCGAACACGAUCGAUCAGGGAUCUGAUUGGCGAGAGAACGAGAUACGCGACACGAUUGUAUUACAAAUAUUAUCAUGUACAUUGUCUAUGUGUCUUAUGUAUGUGUGUCGUAAUGCGCGUAACAUAUAGAUAUUUAUAUAUUAUUAAUUAUUAAUUAUUAUUACUAUGAUUAUCAUUAUUAUUAUCAUUAUUCUUAUUCUUAUUAUUAUUAUCAUUAUUAUUAUUGUUGUUAUUAUUAUUAUUAUUAUUAUUAUUAUCAUUAUUAUUAUUAUUAUUAGUAAUAGAGCAUAGAAUAGUAAUCUCGUUUAAGAAUGGGAUUUUUUCUAUUUUACUAUGAUAACUAUAAUCUAGGUGAUAGAGCAUUUUGUCGAUACGACGCGUUACGAAAAAAAAAAGUUAAUCCCUAGCUUUUCGGCUAGCAUAUUACUAUUGCUGUAUCCAUCGAGGUAAUAAACGGACACGCAAACACACACUCAGCCGCAUAGAGACACGUAAAAGCGUAACAUACACGCAUACAUACACACGAAGAAACGCGCGUCGUGCGUGCGUUCGAGUGAAUAUUGUUUGCACGUGUGAACAUACCAACACGAUUAUACAUAAUAUGUAUCGAUCCAAAUAUAUUCAUAUAAGUAUGUAGAUGUUUAAGGGAUGAAGCCGCAUGGCGAGUGGAUAAAUCCAACUCGCUGCCCGGUUAAGGAAAAAAAAAAAGUGCGAUGUUUCGCGAUGACGACUUGAAAUUACUACAAAAAGAAAAAAAAGCAAAAAAAAGGGAAAAAAAAGAAAAAAAAAACAGACGCGCGCAGUGUUAUUAAAAAUUAAUAUUUAAGAGAGAAUAAACUCGAUGGGGAGACCAUAAGGAAAAUAUGAAGAAAAAAUUAAAAAAAUAAAAAAAGAUGAAGAAGAAGAAGAAGAAGAAGAAUCGAGCGAGUAUGUAUGAUGUAUGAAACACGCUGUGUAAUAUGAUAAAGAAUAAUUAAUUUUAUACCUUUUCGUGGAGCGUUGAGAUAUGCUCGACGAAGGAUAAAAGUAGAAAAAAGAAAAAAAUCUUAUUUAUCGUAAUCGAUGAACUGGCGUACGAAUUCGCGAUAUGCUGGGACAUAUAUAUUAUAUAUGAUUUGUGUUGGCCUCAACGUGGGGGAUAUACGAUCGUCGGCGUUAAGUGUCUCGAUGAACGAACGACGCGAACUACACGCGAACGAGUUCGUGAUCGGAAAAGGUUGCAAUUAUAAGACGUCGUCGAAGCGAAAUAUUGUUGAACUAGUAGGACGAUGCCACGUGCUCUCCAAGGGCAUCGCUCAUAGAAGCAAUAUAUGAAUAUUUGAAUAAUUUCAUUUCUUAUUAGACACAGGCGGCUUAGACGGCAGCACGUCGAGAUAUUUUAUUAAGAUAUAUAAGAGAGACUGGAAAACGGGAGAUGUUAAGAUAUUAUUAGUUUUCUUGGGGUCAACGAUGAAUUUUUAUCGAUUCAACAACGCACAAUCGAACGAAUCUUCGAACGACACGAAAGGAAAAUAGACGCGUUAACGCGAGAUUAUGCAAAAGAAAACGUUCGUUGGUCAGAUCUUACGCCGAAAUUUAGAAACGAAGGAAAGAGCAAUGAGCAAAUCAGACGGAAAUGCGAGAUAACGAGGAGGGUAACAAGGAGAUAGGCUGAGAACGAAAGAAGAUGGAGAGAAUAAAAAGAUUAUUGAUACAAAAUAUUAAUACCUAAAUGCCCGGUUUAUUUUUAUAUUUAUUUUUCGAUCUAUGAAACGUUAUAAAAGUUUAAAAGUAAUAUUUAAAUCUAAAUACAUACAUAUAUAUAUAUAUACACAUAUGUAUAUAUAUAUAUGAUGAUGAAUAUUAUAUACUUAUGCUCUGUGUAUGAUAUAUAGAUAUCUAUCAGUAUAUAUAUAUAUAUAUAUAUAUAUAUAUAUAUAUAUAUAUAUACAUACAUAUAUAUAUAUAUACAUAUUAUUCUAGUAAUACGAGUAACGAAGUAUUACCGACGAUCAUACCGCAUUCGUCGCGAUACGAUACAAUUACAGAUUGAUAUUAUCCGUAUAAACUAUAUUCCGAAACCUUGUAAUAAUUAUCCUCAGAGAUUUCAAUCCAACGAGUUUUACUAUUCUCGAAAUUCUCGAGCAGCCCGAGAAUGCGAAUUUAGAGGACAUCGACCCGUUCGUAAUACACAUUCCCGACAUAAGCUAUAAUAAAAUAGUAAAAAUACUAUUUGACGUAAACGUACAUUAAAUAUAUAUAUAUAUAUUUAUUAUAUAUGUGUAUAUAUAUAUACGUAUAUAUAGUAUAUAAUUAUUAUCAAUGUAGUGUGUUAAUACUUAAGAAAGAACUGUAAGAUCAGACACCAUAGAUUUUUAAUUAGCGAUAUGACUACAGUGGACGUCUUUCCUUGUGGUCGAAUGGCAGCAUCUUUUCAGCAAUAAACGGAUCGAUCGGUGGUACAUUAAACGUAGGAAAAAAAAAUUACACGAUGUUUCCUGUGACAAAAGUAUCACAGAAUUCAACGUCCCUUUGCAUCUUCCUCGCGAUUAUCCUCCUUUCGCGUAUAUCGCAAAAAUAAAAAAAAAAAAUGAGUUACUUGUUGCCCUUAAUGAGCAGCUAUUACGUUAAUCUCACAUUACGUAUACGCCUAUCUACCUAGCACGUGCCACCUUUACCCAUCUCGUUUGUAAAACAUCGCAGUUGGUACCAUUUUUCUCCUCUGUUCUGUAGUUUUAACGAGGUACCGCGCUUACCGUGAGACUUUUCAUAGCUACGAAUUAAACCCACAUAAGACGGUAAGGCGAAGGAAGAUAGUAAGGAAAGUAAAAAGGAAAAAGAAGAAGAAAAAAAAAAAGAGAAAAAGAGAAACGAUACAUACAGAUGCUACUAUCUACGGCCGCGUCGAGCGACGCCCAAAAACGCGACGGCACCACUUUGAUAAUGAUUAAAAGAACAAAAAAGAAAAAAGAAAGGGGAAAGAGAAAAAGAAGGGAGAAGAAUGACAAAAAAAAAAAGAGAAGGAGAAUGAUAGAGGGAGAAAAAAAGAAAAGAGGAUCCAUGUACUGCCCAACGCUCCUAUAGCCUAUAGUUACUUAUUUAAGGCUGCGUGUGUGAGGAAGUUAUGACGAUAUAAGCCAAGCGAGUCUCGUCGAGAAUACACAAUAGCAUGAAGCAUUAAUGAGAGAAAAGAAGAGAGAAGGGAAAAAUACAGAAGAGAAAAUUGUGAAAAAAUGUAUUAUAUUUCGUAUCGACUUAUGGACGAAGGGCAGCCGCCAUGAGUUUCUCACCGGCAGUCGUGUUGUGUGUUAUUGUCUAUUAUCGUAACCGUGCGUAAACGAGCAAGGGAGGAAGGGAUGAUGGGAAAGGAAACAGUUGCAAAAAGAAAAACAGAAGCGAUCAAAACGAAAGCUCAUUACGGUCAUCCAUUAGGUUUCUAGCCUCGUAGAUGUGUUUUGGUCGUUCCCAAAUCGCUCGCUCGCUCGCUCGCUUGCUAAAUCGUAUCGUAUUAAUUACCUAAAAGAAGUAAUGGCUAAAUGCAAUUGAUUCGUGCAAAUAAGUGAUUUAUAUACAUAUACAUAUAGUAUAUAUAUAUUAUAUAUUAUACGUACAUACACACACACACAUACACACAUAUACACGUACGUACAUACAUAUGCAUACAUAUAUAUAUAUAUAUAUUUAACGUUAUCGUGUAUAUAUAUAUAUAUUUAUUUACAAACGUAUAUGAAUAUGAUAUGCGAAUAGCUUUUCGACUGAUUAUCGUAACGUGAGAAAGAUGAAAAUAAAAAAAAUUUCACGACGGAAGAUCGAAUGAUAAUUAUACACAAAGAGACUACACGACGCUAUAUUGCAGCUGAAGGAAGAAAAGAGGAGAUAAAGCAGGAGAAGGAAAAGGAGAAGGAGAAGAAGAAGAAACGAAGAAUAGCGGAGAGAGUAAAGCGGAUCUGUUCUGUCGCGAGGACUAACCAGCGUGUUGUGUCAGACGAGAGUCCUCGCGUACUGUGCGGGCUGAUAAAAUGCAAGGCGAAAUUCUUGGAGACUAUAAGUCCUCGAUUGUGCGAAAGUACGGACGCCAAUCCACGAUAAAAGAACAUGGAAAGCGGCAAGUGAGGAACGCGAUUAAACAGGAGAGAAAAGAUACAUAACUAUAAAUCGGGAACGUACAAGUAAACUAUAAUAAAGAAAACAAAAAGAGAAAGAAAGAGAAAAAAAGAUAUACCGUCUUGCGUACGAUUAAGCUCUGUUCACACUAGCUGGACAAUUCGUUGGCAUCGUUCUCGAAUCAUUUGACGCGUCCGGACCAAUGUCGAGAAGUAUUAUUUAACGAUAGGUUUUCAAUAGGCAACGUGCUGAAAUAUAUAUAUAAAUAUAUAUAUUUUUGUAAAGACACUAUAGGAUACACGACAUCCGACACGAUGUAAUAAAUAAUAAUAAUAUUAAAUAAUAAUAAUUCAGUGUAUAACGGUGGUUCGUUCAUGCGAUUCGUUAUAGUUGGAGAGAGUAAAGAGAGAGAGAGAAGGAGAGACAGACAGAGAGAGAGAGAGAGAGAGAGAGAGAGAGAGGAAGAACGGGAAAAAGUAUUUUCGCACAGUCCUCACGAAAGAAAAUAAAUUGGAAAGAAAAGAAAUGGAAAAGCAAUAAAAUUUAUUGCCGUUUAAAAUUUGUCGCACGUAGUCGCUUGGCCAUUGCGUGGAUUGGUUCUCAUUCGAGCAGGUCCAAAUAGUCUCGCCGUUUAAUCACCAUCGAGAGAUCUUCGUUAUUAAUUAUCGCUAUAUAUAUAUAUAUAUAGAUAUAUAUAUAUAUAUAUACCCGGGCUCCUUGAUCAAAGGGAUAGAUAUAUUAUAUAUAUACAGAAAGUAAAAGAGAAGAAAGAGAGGAGGAGAGUGAGAACGAAAGAUGUACGAUCGGCAGAAAAAAGAGAUUGAUAUAUUUUACGAUGCUUUCGGAAGAGAGGGAGAGAGAGAGAGAGAGAAAUAAAGAGGUUAAAGAGGGACGAGAUAGCGAAAGAAUUCGACUUCGUCGCUCGCGACGAAACUCGCACCGUUGUACGUCCAUUCGCGAGGAAACAAUCAAACAGUCUUGUUGUCUCGACUCGUGGCGCUACGAAGAAGGAUAAGAGAUAAAAAAUGAAAGGAAAGAAAAUAAAUAAAGAAAGCGAUCUUUGGAUGAUUUCUUCCUGCGAGGAAAGAGGAGGCACAUAAAAGACGCGAGAUACGCGCGUACAUACUUUUCUUCUUUUUAUUCGGUUUAAAGCGCUGUCUUUUUAAGGAUUCCGAAUUUUUAAAGGAAGGACGACUUCGAUGAAAAAAAGCACGUUCGAAGAUCUUCUUGCAUACUUUCAAAGUAUGCGAUGAGAGUGAUUAAGGCCUAAGAAAAAAAAAAAAUGAGACAUACGAUGCGUGCGUCAGCACACGCGUAAAAAAAAAUGAAACACGAACACUCCGCGACAAGGGGAAGGAACACGCAUACGCGCAUACGCGCAUACACAUACAGUCACACGCACGUACACGAACUUAAAUAUUUAUACAAGCACGUACACGUAUAAAGAAAUACAUAUAUAUAUAUAUAAAUAUUAACGGUAUUUAAUACGCUAAUAAUCUAUCAUUUUUACGUGAAUUACAUGGUCAUUGUCUAACUAAUUGUCUAACGAUGUGCCCCAGAUAAUUAUCAUGUUCCCGUUGAAAAUACUCUUCGAGCCCUUUCUCCCUCUUUGACAGCACAUCCUUCUCCCCCUCCUCUUCCAUCCAUUUCAUCUACUCCUCUCAUACAUCAUUCUCCAUGAUAUUUUUCCUCGGCUAUAUGAGGUAGACCGACGCGUCUUCAAUACGGAAUUUCAAAGCAAUAAAUAAAUGAAAUUAAUUAAGGUACGCUAGCCGUGUGAAUGAGACGUCUUGACGAGAGGCAAAAAUUCGCAUUCGUCAAAAGUGCAAGGGUGAAUGGAUUUGCGUAUGAACUUUUGUGUUUGGCCGUUACGACGAUGACGAAUCAUACGGCGACGCUUGACGAAUCGCGAGGCAUAGUCACGUCGAUCUUGUAUUUUAUCUACGAGAAAGAGAAAGGAGAAAAAAAAAGAAAAAGAAAAAAGAUAAUCUCUCGAUUCUCUUUCUCGUCUCAUUCUCCCUUUCUUUUUCCGUCGAUGAACUCAUCGCCCGAUUUUCUCUCUUUCCGUCUAUCCGAUCAUCCACCUCUCCAUCCUCGAACGUAUUCUCUCCUAUCGAUUUUCCUCGCUCCUGCCCCGCCUCUCUCUCUCUCUCUCUCUCUCUCUCUCUCUCUCUCUCUCUCUCCUCGUAAAUUUCGGUGAAGCAAUGGACGCGCCACGACGUCCCUAUUAAAUUUACAAAAAGACUGACAAGUAGUCGGAGACCCGUGAACCAUCGAGCGAUCGCUUCUUUCUCCGGUUUCUUUCGUUUUCUCAUGCUCGAACGGUCCGUAAGAAAACUUACAUUUUGUUCGGCCGAUCGAGUCGACGAGUAAUAAAUACGUAUAAUCUUCGAUCGACGCGAUCGAAGAACCACGGGCAUUCGCACUAUUCCGAUGGCAAUACCGUUUAUUUAUCCAUUCGAAUGUCUACUGUGAUAAACUUGAGAUUACGUAGAUGAGAGAAAAAUGCCGAACGUAGAGAGAAGAAGCGAGGGAAAAAUAAAAGACACGAAAGGGGACGUCGGUGCGCUUUCGCGCUUUUAUCACUCUCGCUCGGAGCACAGCUAUUAUCGCUUUUAACGAGCCAGUAACAUCGCGACGUGCCAUAAAACAAGAAAAAGAUCUUUAUCGCGACCACCGCAUCUUUGGGCUUUUCACGCUUAACCUAUCGGAUUCUCUUUCCCUUUCGAUGUUUACUCGGCGAUAGAGAAAUCCGACGUUUCUCGUCGAAUUUCGAUCUAGUUGGCGCUUUUACAUAUAAGACGUUUUAAAGAACGGUCGUUCUUGAGAGAAGUAGAUUCGUUGCUCGCGUACGCUCGAGUUCGCCGAGAAAAAAAAAUGAACGAAAAAGAAACAAAAAAAGAGAAAAAGAAAAAGAUUAUAACGAGAAAAAAAGACCGAGAGAGAGAAGUAUAAAUCGGCGUGGCUAUUUCGUAGUAUGUCGUCAAAGAAAAAACAAAAAAAAAUGAAAAAAAAAUUGAAAAAAGCACAAAAAAAGAAGAAAAGAGGAAAGAAAAUAUAAGAAAAACUCCCCUCUUCGAGUCUCAAUUGGUUUAAGCUUCCUGUUUUUGAAUAUCGCACGUAAUUCAAUGGGGCGAUAUAGACUGGAACAGAUUAUAGUACAUCGUCAUAAUAUUUUUAUAAUUUAUCGGAGAUUGUAUAUUAGACUUAUAUAAUGACAUAUUACGAUAUAUGAUGUAUAUUUAUGGAGUAUGCCGUAGAGAUCGAGCGUGGCAUCGGAUAUUUUGUAAAAUUCCUUAGUGAUCGGUUUCUCUCUCGCGUCGUGAAAGGGUUCGCGAGAGAGUACUCGUCAUAGGUAUUUCGUAAAAAUUGCAGAAAAUCGCAUAUCCUGCCUGUAAUAACGUAUAUGUGUUAAUUUGAACGAUUGUGUCGUAAUAUCGAUAAUAUAUUUAUAUAUUGCUUUAUGUAUGUAGAAUACAUAAAAUAUUGAAAGAAAAUAUAUAUUAUCUUCUAAAGCACAGUGUCCAUUAUUUUUCUUUCUUUCGUUUCCGCUAUUCUCAAUUCUUUCGCGCACUCGAUCGGCGCGCUCGAUCUAUUUCUCUCACGCAGCAUCCUUUAAUCUCGAGCGAGGAAAUAGAAAGAAUCUUGGAGCAUCGUCCUAUUUUCUUCGAUAAGCGAUCGCGAGGAAUCGCGCUCGUAAAGAGUCGCGAGACCGUAUCCAAAUUUUCUGUGAUCCACGAAAGACUGAUAGUCUCUUUUUUAAAAACGUGAACGAUCGAAAAGCGUGAAGAGUCGCGCAAGAAAGAGGAACGAAAUUUCCGUUCGAAUCCUCAGCUUUCGUCUUUGUGCGCCUACUUAUACCGGUGAAAAUAAAAGAGAACGAAUAAAGUCGCUUCUAUGGUACGCGAAUUUUUCACAUUCUCACAUGUUACAUCGAUUCUUUUUAAACAGCGACGAACGUAGUAGGACAGAUUAAAAUUGUUUUCUGUCGUUUCAAAAAUAGAUUAAAACAAAGAAAAAUCUUAAUCUCGUACGACUCGCGCAAUGGCACUCCAUAAUUGUAACGAGAAAUGCGGAGAAAUGCUCGGCCCGACGGAAUAAGGAGAAAGAGACGGAGAGAUAGAAAGAGGGAACGGGUGUAAUUUCUUUUCUAAUAAUUACUUUUCUCCUCCGCAUAAAACGAUUCAACGUGUCUGCGUAAACGAUUAUCGAAAAAAGGACGAUGAAAGAAAUGAAAGGAAUAUAUGACGAUAUAAUCAGUUUAUAAAAAAAAAUAUAUAUAUAUUAUAUAUAUAUGAAUUAAAAAUAUUAAUAUACAUAUGAUGUAUUUAUAUAUGUAUAUAAAUACCGAAGAGAUGGUAUAUUAUGAGACGAAAAGAAGCAUAUGAUUUUCAUUAGUUUAUAUUAUGGUAAUUUAUAUCAUGGAGCAUAAUUGAUAGCAUAAUAUAUUAUAUACGUAUAUACAAAAUAUUUAUGCAUAUUUCGUAGUUUCGUAUUCGUACGUAUGUUCUAGAAUUUAUCGAUAAAAGCGAAUGGAGUCGAAAGGAAGGAUCGAGCAUCGAACCGUAUUUAACUCGAGUUCGUUCGAGCGUUUUUUUUUUUUCUUUUUUAUAUCGCGAAUGUUCGAUCCUCGAUCCAUUGUACGCACGCGCGCAGAAGUUUUCCUUUAAUCGUGCAACGACCUGCCCAAUUCUGAUUCGACGAUUUUAUUCGAACGAACAAAUACUCUCGCGUAACUUUCGCGCCGUUCUGUUUCUUCCGAUUUAUUUUCAUUUUCCUCAUCCUUCUAUUCUCCCUCUUUGUCUCUCUCUCCCCUUCUGUCCCACUCUCUUUCUCUUUCUCUCUCUCUCUUUCUCUUUCUCCAUUUCUUUCUCUUUCUCCAUCUCUUUCUCUUUUCAUACGAAGUACCACGUAUUGAUCAGAUACUGCCCUUUGCGAGAACCUCGAAAGGACGUCCAUUUGGAAGGGUAGAACGAGCCUUGGCAAGUACCUACGUACAUACGCCUUGUAUUAAUCUCGAGAGAACUGAAAUAUCGCGAGAACCAAAAUAUUAGCCUCUAUGGGCAAUGUUACAAUCGUUCGUCUUCGACGAGACAGCGUACAGUUUUAAACGUGCGAAUAGACAGAGGAAAAAGAAACGAGCGUGUGCGCGCGUGCGUGAGGAUAUAAGAAAAGGGGAAGGAAAAUCGAGAAACGAAUCUCUCGCGAGGGAGGAUACGGGGAGGAUGCAAGAGUUAUUACAUAUACGUAUCUAUAUUUCUUUAAGAAUUAUAAUAAUAAAAAAAAAUAAUAAAUAAAUAAAUAAAUAAAAAGAAUAAAUGUAAAAGAGAGAGAGAAAAAUGAAACUGUUCAGAUAUAAUUAAGGGGAAAAUGAGAAAAAAGUAGACAAAACAGAGGACGUUUUAAGAAGUUAUUGAAUAAAAAAAAAAAAAAGAGAUAAAUCUAAUUUUGGAAAAUAUUUCAUGGCGGGCUCGCAAAAGUACUUGAAACCCAUAAGAUAUGAAACAAAGAGUAACAGCUUCAGAGGAGAUACCUUCGUAUCGCGUCGAAGAAGAUCGAGAGAUCGAAGAUCGAACUCGAAGAAAAUCUAUCGAUCUUUUUGGCCCCGUGCGAAGAAGAAAAAAUUACAAGUCGCGAUCGUGGUUGAGAAUCACGUUUCGUGCGAGCCUGCGUUCCUCCGGCCCCACCUCAUCUCUACCCCAAUAUGUUCACCCUCUAAUCGUUACUUACUCCCAAUAUAUAUACUAUAUAUACAUAUAUAUAUAUAUAUACACACACACACACACAUAUACGUACAUACAUAUAUCUAUAUUUUCUCCAAUCGUCGGUUCCUAAGACUGGAAAAAGAAAAUCUAAUUCUCGGAGUUAUCAUAAUCUAACUUCUUAUCUUCCAAUUCUUCGAUUCUACAAUUUUUCAUCCCGAUUAAUCAUUAAUUGUUCAUUGUCAUUAACAAAGAGAUUGUCACCCUUAAGUGUAUAAUCGAGGCCCUGGUAUCGGUUGGGAUAUUCCGCUGAUCACGCGUGUACGACACGCUUUCGUCUAUGUGAGAGACGAUAGAAAUAUUUUUAUGAUUUUAGAGAUAGAAAACGUGGAACAAAUUUAUAUGUUCUAGAUGGAUCUAUUAGUGGCGAUAUUUCUGCUUCCCCUUGAAAGAAUCAAUGAAAGAGAAACAGUUAAGAAACAGAAAGGAAGCAAUUAACGAUGUCUUCUCAUUUCCGAGCUCUCGCGAGCUUCUAAAAGAGCAUGAAGAGAAAGAAAAGGAUUUCUAUCGCGUGACGCUUUAGUGAACUUUCUGUGUUUCCUGCUUUUCUCGGUCAAAUAAAUUCCUAUUUUCCUUCUUUAGUAAUCGACGAAGACGCGAACGAAGAAUGAAAAGAAGACAAAUAGAAUACGAAAGGGACGAAUACGUAACUCGUAGACUCACGUUUGAUCGACAUAGCAUGACAUCGGUGCCAAAAAAAAAACCUCGUUAAUUUUAACGAACAUGUAUCCUAGAGCGUGGUGCGCGUAAAAAUUUAUAUAAUUCUGUAAAGUGUGGACGUAUGAAUGCACAAUAAUAAUAAAAAAAAAAAAUAAAAAAUAAAAAAAUACAAAAAUACAAAAAUACAAAAAAAAAAUAAAAGAAAAAGAAGUUUACGAUGCUUUGAAAUAUUUGGUCCGAUGGAGAACAAGCGGAAACGUUGAAAAUCGGAAAGAGAACUUUCGAGCCUGCGCUCAUUUUUUAAAAAAAUCUUUGCGAACGAAGUUAAACGAGAGAUACGCUCGUAGCCUUUAAUACGUAGUUGAUGUUAAGCGACCGUGAUAGCUCAAUAUCUUUUUAUUUUGCGAAGCGUUUCGACAGCUCAAAGAAAGCAAUGUUACAUGCAAUUUAAUUCAUAUCGAAUUCUUCUUGAAAGAUCAGUAGCCAUUCGGACAAACAUGCGAAUUUUAAUGAAUUCUAUAAGAUCUAGAAAUAUUAAUCGUUCGUGUAUCUAGAUUAUUCCAUGUUGAACGUUUCUGUAGAAUUAUGAUAAAUUACUAUUCGUUUUACAUGCUAUUCCUUUUUAUUGCUCGAGCGUAUGUGCGAUUCGAGGGCGAGACGCCAAUUGAACGAACAAAGUUCGAAGUAAGCGAAGAUUUAUAUGAUCGAAGCUAUAGUCAUAGUGCCGCAUCACUGUGCUUUCUUCCGACGAAUCCUUGACUCGAACUCCUCGAAUCAUAAACAUUAUCCUAAGCAUUAUCGCGAGUCUCGCUCUUGAUCUCCCCUUUCACAUAUACAGGGUGAGUCAAUAAACGUUGUUAAUCGAAACACUUAUUUAUUAAUUUUAGUCAUAAUUGCUUCGGAUUUAAUGUUUAAUACAAAGUUAUUAACGCGCGCGGCACUAUCGGCUUUUCAUAGAAGGAAAUAGUUUCUUCUGUAGUCGAUCGACAAAGUUAUUUCAAUUUUCGGUAGUCAUUAACUCAGCCUGUAUACGUUGCUCGCGUGGUAAUACGCACGGCGACGACCUUCGAAGGUUAUGCACCUGCGAAAAGAGAGGCAGGUCAGACCCCGAGCCUGCUCCUGCUUUUUCGUCGUUUUUUUAGCCCAGUACCGAAUUACCGUGCGUCUUCGCGUCGCGUGCUCGCGACGAUAAACAUAAGUGGUAUAUAGGUUCACGAUGGUCCGGCAAAUUCCAACGCUGUAAGCCGAUCCAUCCCGUUCGUUUUGCGAAUUUUUAUUAAGUAGUUUUAAUAGUGGCCGCGCACAUAGAAACACACAGGUACACACAAGUAUACACGCGCGUGUGCGCGCGCAGAGAAUAACUUACUACGUUCGAGUACGACAACGAUUAGAUUCUCUUCGUUAAGCGUUCUUCGUCCCGGCGCAAAUUUCGUUGUCUGAAUUGCGAGCUUUAUAUGAGUUUCGUUAUAAAAUCAAACGCGAACAAGAGAAUGGUACGAUUAUAUUUUUCCAUAGACAACGAUGUAAGUUGCGUUAUAGUUUGCGUCGAUGUUUGAAAUCUUCGAUGUUAAAAAAUAAGAUAGAAAAAGAAAAAAGAAAAAAAAAAGAAAUCGAGAUAAGAGACAAGAAAAUGGUAAAAUGCUCCCGGAUUAUAUGGUCGUCUUACGAUGUCCGAAGCGAAGUGAAAUGCGUCAACGAUAAAACGAAUUUCAAUUUGCUAACGGCAACGUAUAGCUCGGUCCGAAGAGAGACGAACAUUUUUUCCAUUUUUAUACGAAUGCAUGUUUAUUGGGCUGAUAUACGUACUUCUCCGGUAUUUUAUAUGUCUGUCGGUUUGUCUGUCCGCUUAUCGGUGUGUAUGUACGACUGUUCGUCCGUUCACGAAAGCACGCAAGAUCGUUCGAGUUUCUCCUUAAGAGAACAUAGUUUCGAGAUCGACUUUUGCAAGAAUGUGGACGCGCAAGUGCUCGUAAAGUAAAAGGCUCUAAACACCUCACAUCGCGCGCGAAUUUACGCACCACGAGAAAAUCUAUUUUUGCAAUAUUACUACCAUUCAAUAACGACAUUCAGAAGGGGAGAAGUAAUUUUCGAAAAUGUUCCGAUUCGCCAAAGAUCAAAGGCAAGAUCGGAAAAAGGAUAAGCGCGCGUCCAUGAUCUCGGAAAGGUCGAAAAACAUUCAAACGCGAAUGCGAUUUUUCUUGGAUAAUGGAUCGUUUUAUUUUCAUUUAAAGAAAGAAUAUCCGAUCGUUCGAACGAGACACAAAAGCUUCAUCACCGAGUUGAUUAACAUCGAGGCUAGCGUAUAAAUUCUUUGUUACGUUUUUUCUUUUUUUCUCCCCAUCUCCUCUCUCUCUCUCUCUCUCUCUUUCUCUUUCUCGUGUAUUGGCACGACGUGUCGAGUGUCCGGGACGUAUAAAAAUGACGAAAUCGCACGCGAGAGGCACGCGAUGAUAAACGACUUUUCGUGACGCGUCGUUUGUCUUGCUGCCGCGAUAUCGGAUCGGCUCGCUGCAAAGAGAGAAAUAGACCGAGAGUGCAAAAGAUCAAAAAAAAAAGAAACGAGGGAGAGAGAGAGAGAGUCAAAAGAUUGGGGAAGAAACGAAAUAGAAGAGUAAAAUCCAGGGUUCGAGCAAGAAUCUUCUUAAUCCAUGCCUGUCUGGGAGAAUACUUGGGGUAAAUCGUGUGCCGGUGGUUGUGGAGGCAGGUCAGGACCGUCGAGCGAGCACCCUUAUCGAUCUGCUUUUCGAGAUGAGAAUAAAAACCGUAACCGCUUUCGGCUCGUUCGUUCUUUCGAUCGAAUAAAAAUUCCACGAUUUUAAUAAAAGAAACAGUACGAUACUUGCGUACUUUUUAGAGGAUGAUAUAUGUACACCGAACCGGUGAGUUCGAAAUUUGCGCUAUAUAAAUGUAUAUUGUACGUCAUUUGUGGCGAAGAGAGCAUUAAUGAAAAAUCUAACGAGAGCGAGCGAAAGGACGAGGAGAGAGAGAGAGAGAGAGAGAGAGGAAAAGAAAGAGUGAGUGGUAGAGAAAGACAAAACAUAAUGUAGCUAAUCCCAAUCUAUCAGGGUUUCACGUAUGUUUAACGAUACGAAGAAAAGAUAAUAUAAAAGAUAUAAGUAAAUGAAUAAAUAAAUAAAUGAAUAGAUAUAUAAAUAUAAGUAUAAAUAUAUAUAUAUAUGUAUAUGUAUAUAUAUAUAUAUACAUACAUACGCACUCACUUAUAUAUGUAUAUAUAUAUUACAAAAUAUAUUAUAUUAAUAAAUAAUAUCAUAUCUAA